UCCGACCACCUUGUCCAGCCCAACAAUUUUUACCAAAAAGAAAAAAAGAUCCAGCAAAUCACACAAGGUCCCGACUUGCACGCGAGCCAACACAUGGGCCUACUCUCCAUCCGUCAAGGUGUCGUGUCAUACCUACUGGUAUGCUCAGAUUUUUUGAUGACAGCUUGUGAGAUGAAGUUUUCUCGAAGUCCUUAUAAAGUUACAGGUCCCGACUUGCACGCGAGCCAACACAUUGGCCUACUCUCCAUCGGUCAAGGUGUCGUGUCAUACCUACUGGUAUGCUCAGAUUUUUUGAUGACAGGUUGUGAGAUGAAGUUUUCUCGAAGUCCUUAUAAAGUUACAGGUCCCGACUUGCACGCGAGCCAACACUUGGGCCAACUCUCCAUCGGUCAAGGUGUCGUGUCAUACCUACUGGUAUGCUCAGAUUUUUUGAUGACAGGUUGUGAGAUGAAGUUUUCUCGAAGUCCUUAUAAAGUUACAGGUCUCGACUUUCACGCGAGCCAACACACGGGCCUACUCUCCAUCGGUCAAGGUGUCGUGUCAUACCUACUGGUAUGCUCAGGUUGUGAGAUGAAGAUUUCUCGAAGUCGUUAUAAAGUUACAGGUCCCGACUUUCAAUCGAGCCAACACAUGGGCCUACUCUCCAUCGAUUAAGGUGUCG